AUGACCUCCAUAUACAGCCCCCAGAAUCUCUCCGACGUUUCGGGUCUAGUCGUAGUAGUCACUGGCGGCGGCACUGGACUCGGACUUAUCACUGCGAAAGCGCUCGAGGCAAAUGGAGCCAAAGUAUACAUUACAGGUCGUAGACAAGAGAAACUUGAUGAAGCCGUGAAACAAGCUACACAGGGAAAUAUUCAUGCCAUUCAAGGGAGUGCCUCAUCCCGUGAGGAUCUCCAGCGAGCCGUUGAUCUCGUCACACAGGAGACUGGCUACAUCGAUCUCUUGAUUUGCAACGCCGGCCAACUUACCUCUGAUAGUAGUCCUGACGCGAGACCAAAACCCACGGGCGAGAGUUCCGUCUCCGAAAUCCGCGACUAUUACUUCAAUUACCGCCCCUCGUCGGUCUGGAGUCAAUGUCUUGAGACGAACAUCGCAGCCGUCUUCACAACCACAAUGGCCUUUCUUGAACUUCUCGACGCCGGAAACCAGCGUCGUGACAAAAGUGCUCCAACAAGUCAAGUCAUAACUGUUGGCUCUGCUGGUGGUCUCAAUCGAUUUACAGAUUCAUUCAUCUACAAUGCUUCGAAAGCCGGUGUGAUGCAUAUGAUGAAGAACCUGGGAGCCUUUCUUGUACCAAAGGAUAUCAGGACGAACGUGAUCGCUCCUGGGUGGUUCCCCUCAGAGAUGACCGAGGCUGYGACAAAGGCCUGGGAAGAAACGAACGGAGUCAUGCCAAGAACUCUUGUGCCGCGACAGAGAAUGGGUAAUGAGGAAGAGAUGGCUGGAACUGUGUUGUAUCUUGCCAGUAAAGCUGGAGGGUACUGUAAUGGCAACGUGAUGGUCAUUGAUGGUGGCUUUUUGAUGAACCACGCGGGCACUUAUUAG